CCGAGAAGACUCGCCGCGUCACUCGCCGUCGCCGCGCGCCAUGAGAGCCGCUUGCUUCUUCACCGGCGCCGCCGCCACCGCCUCGCUCCCCCUCCCCUCCACCUCCGCCUCCGCCUCCUCGUGCUGUCAACGGAGGCCCGCCUCCCUCCGCUGCUCCCGCCCUCGCCGCAGCUUCGGCGUGGCGCGGGCGCUCGACGAGCGGCUCGUCGAGGCCGCGCCGCCCGCGGAAACCGAGGUGGAGGAGCCCGGAGUUGCGGAUGGAGGUGGAGAAGGGGAGGGGGAGGUGGAGGAUUCGGCACCGUCGGGGGAGGAGGAGGAGGAGGAGGAGCCAGCGAGGGCUCCGGUGAGGAGCAGGCGGCGGCAGGAGGAGGAGGAGGAGGAGGCCGCGCCGGGGCACGACCGGUUCAAGCUCAUCAACGGCAAGGAGAUUUUUCAAGAGAAGGCAUACCUGGUUGGGGUUGAGUGCAAGAGGAGUGGAGGAAGUAUGUUCAGUAUAGAGGAAUCACUUGAGGAGCUGGAGCAGCUAGCGGAUACCGCCGGGCUCAUGGUUGUCGGCUCAACCUAUCAAAAGCUUUCUACCCCAAAUCCAAGGACUUAUAUUGGUUCAGGCAAAGUUGCUGAAAUCAAGAGCGCAAUUCAUGCCCAUGAUGUUGAGACUGUGAUUUUCGAUGAUGAGUUGUCCCCUGGACAAUUGCGUAACUUGGAGAAGUCAUUUGGUGGGGGCGUUCGAGUCUGUGACAGGACUGCUCUUAUUCUGGACAUAUUUAACCAAAGGGCUGCAACACAUGAAGCUGCUCUACAGGUCACUUUGGCACAAAUGGAAUAUCAACUUCCAAGGUUGACAAAGAUGUGGAGUCAUCUUGAACGACAGUCAGGAGGUCAAGUCAAGGGUAUGGGUGAGAAACAAAUUGAAGUUGACAAGCGCAUCUUGAGAACACAAAUAAGUGCUUUAAGGAAAGAAUUGGAGUCUGUCCGAAAACAUCGGAAGCUGUACCGCAACCGUCGGCAAUCAGUGCCUAUUCCUGUUGUUUCUCUGGUGGGAUAUACAAAUGCUGGGAAAAGUACACUGUUGAACCGCUUAACUGGGGCUGAUGUACUUGCAGAGGAUAAAUUGUUUGCCACACUGGAUCCAACAACAAGGAGGGUUUUGAUGAAGAAUGGUACUGAAUUCCUCCUAACAGAUACUGUUGGAUUCAUUCAAAAAUUACCUACUAUGUUGGUAGCAGCAUUUAGAGCAACAUUGGAGGAGAUAUCAGAAUCAUCAGUUAUAGUUCAUCUUGUAGAUAUCAGCCAUCCGUUAGCUCAACAGCAGAUAGAUGCUGUUGACAAAGUGUUGAAGGAGUUGGAUAUAGAGUCAAUUCCCAAGUUGGUUGUAUGGAAUAAGAUUGACAAUACUGAUGACACACUGAGAGUGAAAGAGGAAGCUGAGAAACAAGGGAUAAUCUGCAUAUCAGCCAUCAAUGGUGAUGGUUUGGAGGAGUUCUGCAAUGCAAUUCAAGCAAAGUUGAAAGACUCAUUGGUGCCGAUAGAAGCUUUUGUUCCAUAUGACAAAGGAGAGCUCCUGAGUGACAUACACAAGGUUGGGAUGGUUGAGAAAACGGAGUACACGGAAAAUGGUACCUUUGUAAAAGCGCAUGUGCCUCUGCCUCUUGCAAGGCUUCUCACGCCGCUGCGGCAGCAGGUGGCGGCUGUUUCAUGAUGUGAACGUCUUGCAUAUUGCUAUCGGCAAUUCACAUAAUUUGCUAGCCUUUGUAGUUUGUACAGAGCUAAGCCAUAGAUUUUCAUGCCAUCAGUUUGACCUGUGUAGAGCAUCAUUACAAAAAUGUAGUAGAUGAGUUAGAUAGAUGUAAAAACAGUGUAACAUCAAUUGCAUUACUACUGUAAAUAUUUUUUGGGCAGAAAUUGACACUUGCCUUGUUCUACUUGAAAAUCUGUCUCACUCUACUGAAUAUACUAUCGCCCCAACAUUAUUACAUGGUGUACGUGAUCAUCAUUUCAGUUA